AACAAGUACGAGGAAGCCACACUCAACAUUCAUUAUAAAUCCAUUCGGUCUGUUCAAACGUUGUCUUUUCCUCGGUCCCCAUUGUCUUCUUCCCCCAACACACACUCUCUCUCUCUCUCUCUCUCUCUCUCUCUCUCUCUCUCUAACUUGGGUGAGGGUUGUUCAUUUUGAUCGAUUGAGCUGAAUUUCACAGUCCAAGUUCAAAAACUUAGCUGAAACAAGUGUUGGGUUGGGAAGAAAGAAACCAAAGAACCAUGGAAGAUCAUAAAACUAUUCAACAUUAGCUUUUUGCUUGAGCAAUCUCCAUCAGGUGUCGAUUUUAGCAGAUUAGAAUCAGGUUGGUGAAGCUUUCUGUCUUUUUCUGACUUUGAAGUUGGAACCAUGAUGAUGAUUAUGAGAAGAACCCUCCUUGUUCUAUUGUUUCUGCUUUCUACUCUUGUUCUCUCUGGUUCUCCUGAAUUUGACCACUGCAACUGUGAUGAUGAUGAUGAUGAUGGAGGUUUUUGGAGCAUACACAGCAUCGUCAUCGGCCAAAAGGUCAGUGACUUCUUCAUCGCCAUUGCAUAUUUCUCCAUCCCCAUUGAAAUCCUCUACUUCGUUAACCGCUCCAAUGUCCCAUUCAAAUUGCUCUUCCUUCAAUUCAUGGCCUUCAUAAUCCUCUGUGGCCUCACCCAUUUGCUCACUGCGUACUCUUCUCACGCGCCACCCUCUUUCCAUUUGGUCCUCUCCCUCACCGUGGCUAAGUUCCUCACUGCUCUUGUCUCAUGCGCCACCGCCUUAACCCUUCCACCUCUCAUCCCUCUCCUUCUCAGAAUCAAGGUCAGGGAGAUUUUCCUGAAGCAGAAUGUGAUGGAGUUGGGUUUAGAAGUUGGGAUGAGGAAGAAAUUGAAGGAAGCUAGCUUGCAUGUUCGGAUGCUCACUAGGGAAAUCAGAAAAUCUCUUGAUAAACACACCAUUUUGUACACCACCCUUGUUGAGCUUUCUAAGGCAUUGGAUUUGUAUAAUUGUGCAGUUUGGAUGCCAAAUGAGGAGAGGAGAGAAAUGUACUUGACCUAUGAGUUGAAACCAAACAAUGCUAAGAAUUUUCAGAACUCUAUUCCUAUGAAUGAUCUAGAUGUGUUGGAGAUAAGAAAAACUAAAUGGGUGAAGAUUUUGAGGCAUGACUCUGCAUUAGGGGCUGCAAGCAGUGGUGGGUCAGGUUCUAGGUAUUUUGGCGCUGUAGCGGCGGUUCGGAUGCCGUUGCUUCAUGUGUCGAAUUUCAAAGGAGGGACGCCGGAGUUCGUUGAGACGUGUUAUGCUAUACUGGUUUUGGUUCUUCCAAGUUCAAAUUCAAGGGUUUGGACUAAUCAAGAGAUAGGGAUAGUUGAAGUGGUUGCUGAUCAGGUGGCUGUGGCGUUAUCUCAUGCAUCGGUUCUUGAAGAGUCUCAGCUGAUGAGACAGAAACUCGAAGAGCAGAACCGCGCUUUGCAACAGUCUAGGCAAAAUGCAAUGAUGGCCAGCCUGGCAAGGAAGUCAUUUCAGACAGUGAUGAGCCAUGGAUUGAGGAGGCCUAUGCAUUCAAUUCUGGGGAUGCUUUCAUUGUUUCAGGAGGAGGAUAAUAUCAUGAGAUCUGAACAGAAGAUUAUUGGUGACACCAUGUUGAAGGUUGGGAAAGUGCUCUCAAGUUUGAUCAAUGAUGUGAUGGAGAUUUCGAAAAAUGAUAACAGAGGCCUCUGGUUGGAGAUGAAACCUUUCCAUCUGCAUUCCAUGUUGAAGGAAGCUGUUUGUGUUGCUAAGUGCUUGUGUGUGUAUGAGGGUUUAGGUUUUGAAAUUGAUGUCCAGAGGGCGUUGCCUGAACAAGUAAUAGGCGAUGAGGCGCGGGUUUUUCAAGUGAUUUUGCACAUAAUUGGGUAUUUAUUGAGCUUGCAUGGAGGGAAUCUCACUUUUCGAGUUUUUCUUGGAGGUGAUGAUGGGGAUAAGGAUGAUAUAAGUUUUGGAAUGUGGAUGUCUAACCGUCAAAUUCAGGAUGUGUAUAUAAAAUUUGAUUUUCAGAUUGCUGGUUGUUCUCAGUCGGAUGAAUCAACUUCAACCAAUCAUUGUACUGGUAGGAGGCACUACAACAAUGAACCUGAGGAGGGCCUGAGCUUCAACAUGUGCAAGAAGUUGGUACAGAUAAUGCAAGGUAAUAUAUGGAUAUCAACCUCUCAGGGUUUAGUGCAAGGCAUGACCCUUCUUCUGAAAUUCCAGAAAGGACCAUCGCUUGUAAAAUCCAUGUAUGCACCCAAAGACUCUUCAAACUCACAGUUCAGAGGCCUUAAGGUUCUGCUAGCCGAUGAUGACGGUGUGAACCGGGGCGUGACGAAGAAGUUACUUGAGAAGCUGGGUUGCCAAGUAACUGCAGUUUCAUCAGGGUUUGAGUGCCUGAGCGCCGUAAGAGGCUCCGGAAACUCAUUCAGGAUCAUACUGUUGGAUCUUCACAUGCCUGAAAUGGACGGUUUUGAAGUGGCGGCGAGGAUUCAGAACUUUAAUAGGCCGAAUUGGCCCUUGAUUGUCGCCUUCAUAGCAAGUGCAGAAGAGCAUGUGAAGGAGAAGUGCCUGCUAGCGGGAAUGAAUGGGUUGAUUCGGAAACCUAUCAUCCUUCAUGAGAUUGCAGAUGAACUUAGAUCUGUCCUCCAACGUGCAGGUGAAAAACUUUAGAGAAAAAAGAACAGUUGCAAGUGCCUGAAAUUUCUUGAGUUUUGCAAAAUGGCAUAGAGAUUAGAGUACUUGAGAUUUCUUACAAUAACAAAUAAUACACAAUUUCAAGUAAUAAAAACUGUUCACCUGAUUUUGUUCAUAAUCACGGUUUAAUGCGAUUACAAUCACCGCUGCAAUGCGACUACAAUCCCGGUCGCAAUCGAGGUGUUACAACCGUGAUUUGUUGUUGGGUUUUUGAUUCAUUCACAAUUAGCGCAAACUAAUUUUUAUUCAUUGAGCUUCGCAUCGAAUUAUGAAAUAUGCAAUUGAAAUUAGACUUACGAAGAAUAUAAAAUGUGACACAAUUUUUUUAUUUAAUUAAAAAAUAUAAGGGAAAAAUCAUGAAAAAUGCUAGAAUUUUUGUAUUAAAUAAAAA